CUUUGUUUUGUCCACCACUAGCCAAGCAAAAGCCGUCAAAUCAUCGUCGCAUUUGACCCAAGAUAUUAAACUAAUUUUUGCGUUUGAAAAGUUUAAAUUUCCAUCAAGUCUUCGCAAUGAGUACUAUUGGCACCGGAUACGACCUGUCGGCCUCCCAGUUCUCGCCGGAUGGCCGCGUUUUCCAGAUCGACUACGCCUCGAAGGCUGUAGAGAAGAGCGGCACCGUGAUUGGGAUCCGAGGCAAGGACGCCGUGGUGCUGGCCGUGGAGAAGAUCAUCACCAGCAAGCUGUACGAGCCGGACGCCGGCGGGCGCAUCUUCACCAUUGAGAAGAACAUCGGAAUGGCGGUGGCCGGUUUGGUGGCCGAUGGAAACUAUGUGGCGGACAUCGCCCGCCAGGAGGCGGCCAACUACAGGCAACAGUUCGAGCACGCUAUUCCGCUGAAGCAUCUGUGCGACCGCGUCGCCGGAUACGUCCAUGCCUACACCCUGUACAGCGCCGUCCGCCCCUUCGGGCUGUCGAUCAUAUUCGCCUCCUGGGACGAGGUCGAGGGCCCGCAGCUCUACAAGAUCGAGCCCUCCGGCUCCUCCUUCGGCUACUUCGCCUGCGCUAGCGGCAAGGCCAAACAGCUGGCCAAGACGGAGAUGGAGAAGCUCAAGCCGGACAUGAAGAUCGACGAUCUGGUGAAGAGCGCCGGUGAAAUCAUCUACAAGGUCCAUGACGAGCUAAAGGACAAGGACUUCCGCUUCGAAAUGGGUUUGGUGGGCAGGGUGACCGAUGGCCUGCAUCGCAUCAAUCCCCCAGAACUGACUGAGAAGGCGCGGAAUGCCGGAGACGCCGCCAACAAGGAGGAUGACAGCGACAAUGAGACGCAUUAGUUCGUUUGCGGCUGUGAAUCUAAUUCUGGGCCCAAAUGCAUAACGUUAAUUUUAUAUUUCCCUAAAGCGCAAAAUGUAUAAACAAAAUCGGGUGAAA